AUGGAGGGUAGAAGACAACGUGGUCGGGGCCGUGGACGUGGACCCAGGCAAACCCAAGAUCAGGAAGAGGAACAAGGGUCUGUAGCUAAUAAGAACCAGGGACCCAGAAAUGAAGGAGGGGACCAGGUUGCUACAGCUAUCAAUCGUAUGACUGAUUUAUUAGCCCGAUUGGUUGACCAGCAAGGUCAAAAGUGUCUCCGUUGCGGUAGCUCUGAGCAUCAGAUUGCAGCAUGUCCUGUUAAACUCCGUGAAGGGAACGAGGGUGUGCAGCCAGAGAAGUCAAACUCUAAACAACCAACUGCUAGUGGGAGUAGACCGAAAGCCUCUGCUAGGGCUUUUGCCUUGGACUAUCAGCGAGCCCCUGAGUCCUAUAAAGUAGUGGAAGAUACGAUCCCUGUAUUCCACCGCUUAGCUAAGCUUUUAAUUGACCCUGGGGCAACUCAUUCUUUUGUGAAUCCCGCUUUCAUGUAUGGUAUUGACAUAAAUCCUGUUAAAUUACCCUAUGACUUGGAGGUUAGAACACCUACUGAGGAUCAAAACCUAAUUAUCAACAUGGUUUACAAAAAUUAUGAGAUUUGGCUGGAAGAGUUGGGCUUCUUUGGAGCUGCAACUGUCACUCCGUCAGGCGUCAGAGAUGAAGAGAGCUCGCUGGUUUCACGGCGGACUGGUCACUGGCGGAAGCGGAGGCGGAGGAUGUGA